AUGACAAAGACUAUUCAAGAACAGCUAGCCGAGCAGCCUCAUACUGGUGAUCCUCAACUCGUUCAAUAUGUCGGGACGGUGGAGGCGUAUGAUAAAUGGGCGGAGGUCUACGACACAGAUGGAAAUUUCCUUCAACGCCUCGACACCUUUGAGAUGCGGGCUCUGCUUCCUCAUUUCCUGGACAGAGUGACCGCGCGCUUCCCGACUCAACCGCAAUCAUCUCCACUGAAGCUAGUCGAUUUGGGAUGUGGCACUGGUAGAAAUACCAUACAGCUACUUGAAGCGCUGUCCGCGCGUCGACAGAGCAGCGAGGCUACUUCGUUCCAGGAGGUCGUGGGUCUUGAUGCCUCACCGGGGAUGCUCGAGGUAGCGGGAAGCGCAAUUCAGGCUGCUGUGAGGGAGAAGAAUCUCGCAGAUACUGAGGUGUUGUUGGGAGUCAUUGAUCUUCUGCAAGGUGCAUCAUCAAAGGCGCAGCUACCUCCGUCACUGCAGGCGUCGGGUGCUGCGGGUCUCAUUUCUACUCUCGUGCUAGAACACAUUCCCGCAAAGGGGUUUUUCGAAGCAGCGUCAGCAAUGAUGCUACCUGGCGCCUAUCUACUGGUAACCAACAUGCACGCUGAUAUGGGUGCGAUCAGCCAGGCGGGGUUCACGGAUCCGCAGACUGGGGUCAAGAUCCGACCCACCAGCUAUUGUCACUCCGUUCCCGAAGUGCUAGCGGCGGCCGAGAAGGCCGGGUUCCAGGUGGAGAAUCUUCUUAGCGAGGAAGGAGAAAAUGGGGUUUUGGAAAGAGAAGUUGAUCAGCAGUUAGGCGAGGCGUUAGGUGCACGGGCGAAGAAGUGGGUUGGAAUCAGGGUCUGGUUUGGGAUUUGUUUCAGCAAAAAGUAG